GAUAAUUUUAAAGCUUUAGAAGGAAAUUUUGGAAAGUAUAUAAAUUAGAGAAGUAAGUGAAAAUUUUCCAUAAUAAUUUUAUUUAAAAUAUGAUAUUUAAACUUAAUUUCAGAAAUUGCGAGCAAGAAAUUCCCUUCUCCGAUUCAGAGCAAGAAAUCCACCGCCAUCAGCCUCAGGGAUAUGGCCGGCGUGGGCAUGUCGGUGGUUGAAUGGUUUGCGACUUACGUGAUGGACAAGCUGGUCGAUUUCGCCUCCUCCCGUCUCGCUGACCCUCACCGUGAUGUCUUCUCGGUCGUCGAUGAGAAGCUGAAAGAGAUGGAGGGCAGACUUCCCCGGAUCCACGCUGCGAUCCACGCCGCUGAGGGGCGGCCAAUCAGGGACCCUGCGCUUGCCAGUUGGAUGAGGCAACUCAAAGACGCCGCUUUCGAAGCGGAUGACUUACUGGACGAGUUGGAUUACAGGCAACUGGAAGCUCGGGUGCAGGACAGGAGCAAGGUGAGUGCUUUCGCCUCCUCAUCUCUUAGAUUUCUCAAGAAUCUGUUUGUUUCGGAUGAUGAACUGAGGAGGUUGAAGAAUAUCUUGGGGGAUCUCGAUAAGAUUUCUUUAGAGAUCAACCAGAGAAAGGCUGAACUGGAAGAGUACAACCACGCAAGGCAGCAGAACAGGGAGACCAGCUCAUUCAGCACGCAGGAGGUGGUGUUUGGGAGAGACAAAGAGCGGGACUUGAUCUUGGAGAUCCUUCUGAGCGCAGGAGAUGGGCCUGAUUAUGACGACACAAAGAGAGCGGGGAGCAGCCGCCACCUCGCGAAUCUUGAUGUGCUACCAAUUUUAGGCAUUGGAGGCGUAGGGAAGACUACUCUAGCGCAGCUUGUUUACAGUGACCAAAGGGUCGCUCAGCAUUUUGAGCUCAGGAAGUGGGUGUAUGUCUCGGACAAUUUUGAUGUCAAAAGGAUCGCCAUGGAGCUGGAAACCAACGUGACUUCUGAUUCCCACCCUUUCCGCGACGCUAGUUUGGAUGCACAGCUAUGCAAGCUCAGGGACGCCACUGCAAAUAAAAGGUUUUUGUUUGUGCUUGAUGAUGUGUGGGAUGAGAUAGAAAGCAGUUGGACAAAACUCCGGAGUGCCUUAACAUUUGGGAGCAAAGGAAGUACCAUUCUGAUCACAACACAAAGUCCAUUAGUCGCAGAGAUCAUGGGGACUGUGAAGCCAAUCAAACUAGAACUUCUCGAGGAAGAUGAUUAUUGGAGACUCUUUGAGCAUUGUUCAUUAGGUGAUAAGGAGAUCGAUCUGGAUUUAAGAAGGAAGUUGGAGUUACUUGGUCAACAGAUAGCUAAGAAAAUGCAUGGCUUACCUUUAGCAGCGAAGACAGUCGGUAGUAUGUUGCGUUGCAGAUUAGAAGAGCAAUAUUGGAAAGCCAUCCAAGAAAGUGAAUGGUGGGAGCAUGAUUUUGUUGUGGAUAACAUACUUCCAUCACUGGGGCUGAGUUAUCAACAUCUGAGCUCAAAUUAUAAACAAUGCUUUGCCUACACUUCCAUAUUCCCAAAGGGCCACAUGUUCAACAAAGAACGGUUAGUCCAGAUGUGGAUAGCUCAAGGUUUUAUCCAGGAAAAAACUCUGCGAGGGAGAAUGACAUUGGAGGAUAUUGGGAGCCAGAUUUUUGAUGAAUUAACCAGCAGAUACUUCUUUAUGCGUACAGUGAAUGAUAGGUAUGUCAUGCACGAUCUGAUCAGGGAAUUAGCAGUGUGUGUUUCCAUUGAUGAAUGUUUAGUGCUCCAUGAUGAACAUGUCAAAAUUCCAGCAACUGUUUGCCACUUGACACUGAGGGUUGUUAAAAUGAAUGCGCUACCAGAAUUGAGAAAGUUGCAGAAAUUGCGAACACUUAUAUUCUAUCCUGAGUAUGAUAGUGAAUUUCUACUCUUACCAAGGGAUGGUUCUAAAGAGUUUUUCAAAUUUCUGGAAGGACUAUUGGAAGAUAUGAAGAGUCUCCGAGUGAUAGAUUUAUCACAAGAUCGCAGUGGGAUAAACAAACUACCAGAUGCUAUCUGUGAUCUGCCUCAUCUGCGAUACUUGGAUGUUUCUUGGACUAAGAUCAAGCAGUUGCCUAAAGGUUUUCCAAAACUUUAUCAUCUGCAAGUGCUGAAUUUGAAGAGGCGUGGCACCUUCAGUAUUCUACCACAAGGAAUGAACAGGCUAAUCAAAUUGCGACAUUUAUAUGCUGAUGCUAACACAGUAUCUCUAAUACAUGGGAUUGGGAAGUUGACCGAGCUGCAGGAGUUGGAAGAAUUCCAUGUUUCAAAUAAGAGAGGGCGUCAAAUAGAAGAGUUGAAGGACCUAAGAUAUCUCCGAAGACGACUAACUAUCCAAGAUAUUCAGAAUGUUGAAUCAAAGGAAGAGGCAGUGGGGGCAAACUUAGAUGACAAGGAGAACCUUCAUGAACUGAUAUUGAACCGAAAGCCUGAUAUUAGAAGCCAAGGAGACAAGGAAAAGGAGAUACUUGAUGGCCUUCAACCACAUCACAAUCUCAAAUCACUUGAAAUUCAUCAUUACGGUGGUAUGAAGUCCCCAAGUUGGUUGGAGAACAAUCAGAUCACCAAUCUUGAAUUUGUCUAUCUAAAUAAAUGCGCUAGGUGGGACACUCUUCCUCCUCUUGGGAAACUUCCAUUUCUCAAGAACUUGGUAUUCAAGAUGAUGCCUUCAAUACAACGAAUUGGAAGGGAAUUCUUUGGUGAUGGUGAUACAGUCUUUCCUUCAUUGGAGAAACUGAUAUUUGACCAGUUAAAUGAAUGGGAAGAGUGGUCUGGCACAGAUAAAAAGUCAGUUUUUCCUCGCCUUUUUGAAAUCAACAUCAUAAAUUGUGUCAAGCUAAGACAAAUACCCCUUCUCCCUUUGAGAUCAAUGAGUGUUCUUAAAAUUUGGAAUUGCGGUGAUAUUGGCACCACACUGCCUCAGUAUCUGCUCCAUUUAACCUCCCUAGUCGACUUAUCAUUGGAAAAUUACCCUCACAGAGUAUCUGUUUGCCUGUCCAACCUUACGGCCCUCAAAAAUUUGGAGCUGCAAAAUUGCCCAGAGUUGAUUUUACUCGGUGGAUUUCAAUCCCUCGGUAACCUGAAACUUUUAAAAGUAACAAAAUGCCCCAAGCUAAAUGAAUCCUCACAGCCUUUAGAGGAACCAUAUGUGGAAGAGGGUUUGAGAUCUCUUUCUUAUAUUAUUACUGACGAGAGUAUUAUCAACCAUGUCUGGGUCAUAGUGGGAAGGGCACAAGCUGUGAAGUCGUUAAUUUUAGCGAACUGCGAGCAUCUUAAACACUUCAAGCCAGAGCUGGAGGAAUGGUUUCAGCAAUUAACUUCCCUACAAGAGCUGCAGUUUGUGAGUUGUCCAGAUCUGCAAAGGCUUCCUGCUAAUCUGGAAACUGUUUUCUCCAUCAGGAGGUUAAUCAUCACCCAUUGCCCCAGUAUUGACUCACUGCCAGAGAAUGGCUUGCCGAUCUCGCUCAAAGAAUUGAAGAUCUAUGGAUGUAGAAAAUUGAAAGAUCGGUGCCAAAAGGAUGACGGACCCGACUGGCCAAAGAUUGCGAUGAUUCCCCACAUAGUCAUCGAAGGUGAAGUGAUAUCAGGAGCUGAAGAAGCUGCUUAGUUUCGGUUUAAUCCAUGGAUUCCGCCGGUACGCCUCAAAAAAGAAGAGAUUUUUUUUCAUCAUCAUCUCUCUAUCUUCUCGUUCCUGGUGGAUUUCUUCCCAUGUUCUGGGAUAGCUAGACCUGGUGGUGGCGUAGAGACGAAGAAGAGCAAGCAAUCUGCUAUUGCUAAGCAGAUUGUGCUCAAUCUCUUUGUAAAGAUCUCUACUUUCCUUAGUUUUAUCGUCACUUUCCUUUUUUGAUUUCUUUGGUUGCUCUUAUAGCUGGAUCUUCUAUUGAAAAGCAGAUUGUGCUCAAUCUCUUUAUGACGAGCUCUAAUUUCCCAAAUUUUAUUAUUAUUAUUUUCCUUGAUUUGGAUUUCUUCGGCUGCUCUUGGUAGCUCGAGAGCUAGCGCUGGUGGUGACGUAGAAAGGAAGAAGACUGGAGAGCUAGGGCAGGUGGAGGCGUAGAGAGGAAGAGCGUAGCAAUCUCUCAUUGAGCAUUGGGGAGAUCUUGAUGAAUGAGAGAAAUAUCAUCGACAACUAACUGGGACUAGCAUUUGGCACGAAGCCUUGCACAUUCAUUAAAGUAACAUUUGAAGAAUAUAGCGACUUCCCAAUCUCUACAUCAUGGCACAGAGAACAAAUGCCCUCAAUCACAAUGGAGGCACUGUCAAGGUCGGCACAACUGGCACAAUCAGUUCCUUGAUGACUCGAGAGUUAGAAUCCAUCAAACGCCCAGACCAAACAUGCCCUCCCACACAGCGAAAACAACAAACAGCGCCUGUGUCCAUACCCUGUGUUGCUAAUCCGAGGAAAGCAUUGCAGAAAAGAAACCAAAUUAAUGAACAAGGAAGCAGCAGCAACUACAAUGGCGGCGGUAGAAAUACAGGGCACGCUAAUUGUGCAAGCAACAUCAAAGGUCACAAGCUUCGGCAUGCGCCACGAAAAAAUGGACACAAGAUUCCAAUGCUAGUAUCUGAUGGUAGUCCGAUGGACCAAACUCUGAACAAUUUUAAGGCAGAAAAGAAAGCACACUCUUACAUCGUGGAGGUUGUAGACCUAAAGUGCAGCAAUCCAAUGAGCACCCGGUUGAAGAAACUUGGCUUCUCCAAGCUCUCUGAAUCAAUAUCCUAGCUCUCGGAAUCAAUAUCCUAUUGCAGCAAUCCUUGUGACAUCACUAGAACAAUCAUCCACCUACUUGAGCCUGGCUUCAAAUUAGAUUUUAUGUUUCACAUCAGAAUCCAGAUCCAAGUGAUUUUUUCCAUGGUCAACUACCUUAUUUUCGGUUGAUCUCCAAUCUGAAUUUGCUGUGAUGCAAAAUGGUGUUCUGUGUUGCUAAUUUUGUUCAGUAGCUUAGAUUUACUAGUGCAUCUGAGACAACAGCUUUGGCA